ACAACCCUCCGGUGCGCACAGAGUAGAAGAAGAAGAACAAGAUGGCGGAACGAGGAUAUAGUUUCUCCCUCACCACAUUUAGCCCAUCGGGUAAACUGGUCCAGAUUGAGUAUGCGCUGGCAGCAGUGGCAGCCGGAGCACCUUCAGUGGGCAUCAAAGCUUCCAAUGGUGUUGUCCUGGCAACAGAGAAGAAACAGAAGUCCAUCCUGUAUGAUGAACAGAGUGUCCAUAAAGUGGAGCCGAUCACUAAACACAUAGGCAUGGUCUACAGCGGCAUGGGGCCUGACUACAGGGUUUUAGUGCGACGAGCCAGGAAGCUGGCGCAACAGUACUUCCUGGUUUACCAGGAGCCAAUUCCCACAGGCCAGCUUGUCCAGAGAGUGGCCUCUGUAAUGCAGGAGUACACACAGUCUGGUGGAGUGCGUCCAUUUGGCGUGUCAUUGCUGAUAGCUGGAUGGGAUGAAGACCACCCCUACUUGUUCCAGUCAGACCCCUCUGGUGCUUAUUUUGCAUGGAAAGCCACAGCCAUGGGGAAGAACUACGUAAAUGGAAAAACAUUCCUUGAGAAAAGGUAUAACAAUGAUCUGGAACUGGAAGAUGCCAUCCACACAGCCAUCCUGACACUGAAGGAGAGUUUUGAGGGUCAGAUGACAGAGGAGAACAUUGAGGUGGGGAUCUGUAACGAGGCAGGCUUCAAAAGACUCACCCCAGCAGAGGUGAAAGACUAUCUGGCAGCCAUCGCGUGAACACACCCUCCCUGGUGAUGGGGGCUCUCUGGCCACAUUUCAAGACAAAGACACAACUGCACAGUAGCCAAUAGUCUCAUCACAUAGCUUGUCAGACAGAGCUUGGCCACAUUGUCUUGUGGUUAAACCUUGUCUGGCCCACAAAACAUGGGAGGAUAUCCAAAAUAACGUAAUCAGAUUAAAUAUUAUUAAUGUGACAUGACAGAACCUUACAGCCUGUUGACCACUACUAGAGGCUGCCUGCCCAGAUCUGUUUGCUUAAUGAGACAGCCUUUGUGUUUGUGCACAGCUGAUGUGGCUGCCACUCAGCGCUGUGAGAUGGUAGACUCAUGUUACAAUAAAUAAUUGGCUUUGUUGUCUAAUGCUUCCCCUGGUCUUGUGAAAUGUGGCGGUUGGCUACUGUGCUACUGAAAAGGAAUGUGGGCUCUGAUGAGUGAAAUCUCAAGUCUUCCAUUGAAUCCUAGUUUUCUUAUUGCUCAUUACUGUUGCAAAGGCACUGGAUUUUACAAAACGAGCAUCGGUUUAAUGUGCGUUUAUUAAAAAUUCUGUUGCUUGUUUGGUGUGCCAAAUGGCAUCUGGUUGCACAAAAGGCAAAAUAUUGAAAUAGUACUGACACCAAGUCAGAGCCUUAGCUUCACAUCUGUCAGAGGGCAAUCUGUUCAUCUUGAAUCCUCAGACACACCAGGAAGGAUAAACAAAAAGAAGCAAGUAGUGAGGAUCUAAUGGAAAGUUUUGAGAUUUUACGGUCAGGUUCUGGUUGCCUGUACAGCAGUUUUACAUGAUGUACUCUCCUUUUUUUCCAAGCUAGAAACAGUUCUAGAGUUUGUAUCUUCUUUUCUGGUAUCUGUCACUUAUUCAAAUAAAAGACGAGAUGAUGAUCUGA